CGGACACUUGAUGAUUCCAGCCUGAGCUCACUCCCACCUCUGACUUGAAAAGUGGUGCAAAGGCAGCCAGCCACACAAUUCUUACUGCAGCUACUUUAAAAAAAAAAAAAAAACAGUGUAAUUUCUGAAUAUUUUCAUGCAAGCUGAAGAUUUGGUCACACACCUGAACAUCAGGCGAGGAUGACACCAGCAAUCAACGACAGCGAGCUGGCGGAUCCGAGAGACGAGACUCUGGCCAGGGUAGAGAUCACUCUGCUGGCCAUCAUUUUCUCCAGCGCCGCCGUCCUGAACGGCGUCCUGCUGCUGGUCCUGUGGCGACAGCGCAAGCACAUGAGCCGGAUGCGCGUCUUCGUCUUCCACCUGGCGCUGGCCGACUUAGUGGUGACGUUCUUCCAGGUGUGCCCGCAGCUCAUGUGGGACAUCACGGACAGGUUCAUCGGGCCGGACCUGGUUUGCCGCCUGGUGAAGUAUUUGCAGGUUCUGGGCAUGUUCUCGUCUACUUAUAUGAUCGUGGCCAUGACGGUGGACCGGUACCAAGCGGUGUGCAACCCCAUGGUCAAGUUUCAGCGGACGCACCGGCGCAUGAGCGCGGCCGUGUGCGCGGCGUGGGGGGUGUCGCUGGUGGGCAGUCUGCCUCAGGUGUUCAUCUUCUCCCGGGUGGAGGUGGCACCGGGUGUGUACGACUGCUGGGCCAACUUCGUCCAGCCGUGGGGGCUCAAGACCUACAUUACGUGGACCACCGCGGUCAUCUUCGUGGUGCCCGUCAUCACACUUAUCUUCUGCCAAGUGCGCAUCUGCAGGGCCAUCCAACAGAAUCUGCGCCGGAAGGCUCGGCGCGGCCUGUCUGGCCCGUUGCCCCCCCGUGCCAGCGGCGCGGCCGGCAUGCCUAAAGCCAGGGUAAAGACCCUCAAGAUGACCGUUGUUAUUGUGCUGGCAUAUGUGGUGUGCUGGUCCCCCUUCUUCACAGUUCAGCUGUGGUCUGCGUGGGACCCCAAUGCACCAAAGGAAUCUGCCACGUUCACCAUCCUGAUGUUGCUGGCCAGUCUCAACAGCUGCGCCAACCCCCUUAUCUACCUCUUCUUCAGUGGUCCGCUGCCUCGAAGGCUCCUGAUGCCGGUGUGCCAAAGGCGCUCCUUCACCAAGGACUCCAUGCACGACGAGGCAACACUGGUCAGCACCUUCUACACCAGUUUUAAAACUCUCAACAACAACAAAUGAAGAAAACGUGUCAGGGGAGGAACACUGGUGAAAAGAAGCAAGGAGUGUCAACGCCUGCUGCAUGCCGUGAAGAGCCUAAACCUCCGGUGUCUCUCUGGACUGUAAAGAUAUCAUUUGACAAAUGAUAUGUUAAAUAUGGCAUCUCUCAGCCAAGCACAAGUGGGUGGCCUGCAUGGGGAAGUGUGUUCCAGAUGCAGGACGUAGGGCAAACACAAGAACAAGGACAUUGUGUCCGAGUGAGGUGCCAGAAAGAAAAACAGUCUUCAAUAACCAUCAUGUUCCAUUCCUUUUCUAUGGUGUCACUCGAGGAGAACAUUCAGCAGACACCUGCACAGUGAAGAACCAAUACCGUGGUGUCCUGAGACACGAGUUCAGUUCCAAAAUCAUCUUUUCGUUGUAAAAUGAUCAGAAAUUGGAAUCAUAUUCUGGAUCAUCAUGGUGCAUCAUUUUUUUUAAACCAAAACUAGGCUGUGCUAAAGGUAUAUUUCCUUUUUCUUUUCUUUUUUUUCAGAUUUAGACUCACACGAGAUAAGUGUGCUGCCGUCUAGCGGUCAUGAUGGGAAUUACAACCAAUAUAAACGGGAACAAAAUGGAGGGAUAAACAAUCCCUCAAAAAUCUAAUUAGCGGGAUUCUAAACCUGGAGCCUGCUAUGGAGUUAACUGUAAUCAGUUCAAAUUUGCUAUCUGCCAAAUUACUUACUUACUGAAGUGUGUUGUGUUCACUGUCACCCCACAGUGUCGUAUCUUUUUUUGCUCACAGCUCAGCCCCCAAAAAAUCUACCUAACUACUUGUAUUUUGAAACACUCGAAAGUUGGGUCACUCAUAUCUCAAGGCACCACUGUCCUAUAAAUUUAUUCCAAGACACACACAAUCAAGCCUGAGCACGAUUAAUUUAAAAGCUGCAUUUUUAACUAUUUCAUUGUUGGACUUUAUCACAAGUUGCAUCUUGUGACAGGUGGGCGAGGAUAAAUUUAAGCAUGAUUUAUUAUACAUUUAAUACAGAGCAAUGAUUAAUGUAUGAAACUAAGAUGUACAAAUACAUUUCUCAUAAACCUUA